AUGCAUAAAGCAAAAACAAAAGUAGCCACUGCGCAGACGCUGUCAGAGAUGCUGAAAGACGAUUGUGAUGUCAGCACGCCACGUCACAGCCUGGACGACGACUCAGACACGGAGUCGGUUGAGCUCAUGCCCGUGGUUACUUCCGGUAAACGCAAAUCGUCCUCGUCAGAACGAGGACAGCAGAAAAACGCAGCAAGUAAAAGAUUUGUAGAUAAGUCAACUGCGGAUAAUAACAACAGAAGCUGCGACGAACUUGUGAAAUCUAGAAAACUAAAUGGUGCGGAGUCGGCAGCUAAAGUGCCGCCUGAGAUGCAGAAUGGUGCAUGUACAAACAAAACGAAAGAAAUCGAUACGUGCGCGGAUAGUAAUCAAUCCCGAAGUUCUUCCAAUUCCAGCGCGGAGUUCAUGCCGGUGAAUAAUACAGACUUUUCUUACGCUGCGAACUCCGAACUCUCCUCGUCUGCCGAGCAGAAAGGGGAGCUAAUGCGGGCCGGAAGUGAAUCUCCUCGAACACCCUCCAGUAGUAGCGGCAGACAAAAUGGCGCUCGUGAUCAGCAUACUUUGACAAGUUCAGCAACUAGGAACGGGAGCAUUGCGCCAGCCUUGUCCAAUAUAGCGCAGCGUUCCCAGCUGCCGCAGCACAUGACUGGCGAGACACAACAUCCCACCAGUGGUGGAAGUGUAGACUGUAAGAGCGGUUUGAACACUAGCCUUUCAACUGAAAAUGGAGGCGGCCAUCAUCGUACGGUGGUGGGACCAGGAAGUGUAUACAGAGACACACAAUCUAACAACUCUCACGUACACCAACACUUCUCAGCCAUAGGCAUACACACAAACGCUAUCUCCACAAACAACAUUAACAACAAUAACAACAACAACAACAGGCCUGGUGGUUCCGGGUUCGAAUCGUACACUCACAGGGGAGAAAAAUCCCGGCCCUCUCCGUGUGCAAGUGCCUCCCCUCCUCUGUCAACGAGUCCGACAAACCUGUCUCAUGAGGGCGGGGCCGCUUCUCACUCGGAGGUUGGAGGGGAUCGCGGAGUGCUGCAUCCUGCGGGAGAUAUUCGCUGCUCUCCUGCCUUGUCCUCUUCUUCCCCCCUGCCUCGAUGCCCAGCUCUUACUUUGUCUGAGAAGUCUUCCUCUCCUCCGCUGUCUAACAAAACCACUUAUAAUCCAGAUCACGGUUCCGGUUUCGAGUCAACGCCGCCCGGUAGGCCUCAGCCUUUGCUGACCUCGGCCUUCUCAGCGACAUCGGCCUUCACCUUGACCUCUACCCUGUCCAAGACACCGCCGACCCCGACGACUUCAGUCAAAAAACCCACGUCAAGACCGUCCUUCCUCAUAUCGGACAUUCUCGGUGACCAAGAGGACAAAAGUAACUCAAAACAUCACCAUCAACAACAACAACAAAUUGACUCAGACAUCAGACCCGCAGCAACAAUCCAAGGUCACUCGCCACAGGGUUACCAUGGCAACGCGUCGGCGUCUUCGCUCCUGUACCAUCACGACAGUUCCCUCAUCGGGCGAGGCUCCAGUAGCUCUGUCCUGCCUCCAUCGUUCGGCCCCUCACAUUUCUCACCCUAUCAUCCUCACCACCAUCCCCAUCCCCAUCCUCACCACAACAACAACAGCAACAACAACAAUCCUAGUCUUCCUCCCCUAAGAGGACUAAACUCGGGUAGGCAUGGGGCCGGAGGGGUGGUGGUUGGGAUGGACGGUGGUGGUGGUGGCGUCGGCAUAAACAGCAGCACUCGGUUCCCACCUCAUCACAGCUUCGAAGAUGAUAUGAUGAAAGACGUUGAUCACGACGAAGAUGACGACGACGACAGAGAAGGAGAUUCGGCCAGUGAAAAGAGUUUCGAACACGACCAGUCCGAGGAGAGGUCAUCUUCGCGGGCCGAGAGCUCUGUGGGCGGCGGUCCGGGGUUCAAUUCCUGCAAGGCCAAGAAGCCCCGCAAGGCGCGCACGGCCUUCACUGACCACCAGCUGUCUGUCCUGGAGAAGACGUUCGAGCGUCAGAAGUACCUCAGCGUCCAGGACCGCAUGGAGUUGGCGGCAAAACUCAACCUCACGGACACUCAGGUCAAGACCUGGUACCAGAACAGGAGAUUCGUGUACGAUGGCUCGAAAUGUGCCACUCACUACAUGCCUUUGGUCUACUGCUGGUCAGACGAAGUUUCCGCUAAGUGUUCAAAGAGUUAA